AUGAAGUCACAGAUAGAGUACUUAUCCUACACGGACUUGCCGAAAAUGAAUGGCAAUGGUAACCAUGGUGCUAAUUUAUUGCGCCACUUUUAUCGAAAACAUCGUACAGAGUACGAUAAAUUAAUUGAGAAUGAUAAUAAAAAUAAUAAAAAAGAAGUCACUGACGCAAACAUAGUAACAGAGGAAUGUGUGAAACUAAUUACAAUACAUGGCCGUCCAUUUACUAUGAUUGACGAGGAAGCCUUCCAAAAUAUUUUGAAAUUGAUUCCAGGGUGUGAGACUAAUAGUAAAAAAAUUAAAAGCAGCGUAGAAGACAAAGCAUACGAGGUGCGUACAGCGAUUUCUCAAGAAAUACAAAAUCAGCUAGUGGCAUUAAAAAUUGACGUUGCAUCUGUUAGAUCAAGAAGGUUUCUUGGCCUCAACAUUCAAUAUAUCUUAGAUGGCAAAAUAGUUUUAAGGACCCUAGGUGUUUUGGAGCUCCAUCAAAGAAACACUGCAGAGUUUUUGAAACAAACAAUGAUGUUUGUUUUGAGCCGCUAUGGCAUUAAUAUUGAUCAAAUAUAUUCGAUCACCUCAGAUAACGGAUCUAAUAUGAUCAAAAUGACAAAAAAAAUAGGAGAAGCCUUACAAUUGCAAGAAAUGGAAGAUAUUAGUAUAUGUGAUGUGUCAGAAGAAGAAGAUAAUUUUGAAGACUAUGGAGACGAAGAUCAAUCAGAUAUUUUGAAUAUUGAGUUUGAUAGCGGAUACCCUAAUGAGUCAACUACAAAUAAAAUUGUUGCUGUUCGUUGUGCGGCCCAUACUUUACAAUUGGCUGUUCGUGACACGUUACUGGGAUGUGAGCCAAUCUUAGAACAAUGUCGUCGAUUAUCAAAAUUGUUACGAACACCAAAUAUAGUUUUGAAACUAAGAGAUAAUCAAUUGCUUAAUGCCGUGGUAGAUUGUUCCACAAGAUGGGACUCGACCGUUGUAAUGUUAGAAAGACUUUUAACAUUAAAACAGUUUUGCCAAUCUGAUCCUGAUGUUCUUCGAAGCAUAAGUCUGGAGGAUUCAACGUGGGCAACAAUUACAGAAAUGUUAAACGCUCUUAAACCAUGUCGAGCACUUAGUAAAGUGUUACAGAAAGAGCAGCUGACUAUUGGCGAUUUUUAUAUUGCUUGGAUGCGUUGCAUAAUGGAAAAUGAAAAUUUAACUUCUGCGUUCGCAUUAUGUGUCGUGUCGCAUAUGAAAAAAAGACAAAAUAUGCUUUUCGAAAAUGAAAGUUUUCAUGCUGCCAUAUAUCUGGAUCCUCGAGUAAAUGCUGUUUUGACAGAGGAACAACUUAUUAAGGCACGCCAACAUUUGUUAAACACUUUCAAUAGAGUUAACCAAUUGCAUUCUAAGUCUAUUUCCAAUGUUUCCAUAGAAGAACUACAACCGGCACCUAGCACAUCACAAAAUUGUUACCAUAAUAUAGAUCAGUUUUUUUAUAAUAUUCGACAAAGUCGUUAUGCAUCUAAUCAGAAUCAGCCAGGCGUGUCACUUUGCGCUCUACUCAUAAAUUUUUUAAAUGAGUCAUUCGUUUCUACUAAUACUGAUAUUUUAAAAUUUUGGAAUAAAAAAAAAGGUUUCCGAUCCACAACUAUAUUUACUCUCUAA